UUCUUCACAGACUGGCACUUGUUUGAACCUGUCAGCUUGGAUAGAGUUGCAAAGCGCUUGCGGGCUGCCAUAGAUCUGCACAACAUGUUAACUUACAUAUCCGGCUGUAGUUAACAGGCUACCUCAUAUGCAUGUGUCCCAUCCAGAGUGCGCGGAGGCUGAUCAGAGAGGCGUGCACGUCUUUUCCAACACCAGCAGCAGCAGCAGGGACACUCUCUUCCCACCGAGAGACAGAGAUUUACCAUGGCCUCAGCACUGAGCUUCACAUCUUUAAUGCUGUAUUUUAUUUAUUGUUCGUUACUGUUCGCCGGUGUGUUUUGCGACACUGAUGCAGAUGAAGAUGAGCACGCCAAGCACACAUACACGGUGGAAAUGUUCAACGAGGCGGUGCCUACUGCACCCCACUUUGUCAUGUUUUACGCCCCAUGGUGCGGCCAUUGCCAGAGGUUACAGCCAGCAUGGAACGAACUGGCAGACAAAUACAACAGCAUGGACGAUCCCCCUGUGUAUGUUGUGAAAGUCGACUGCGUCCAGGACACCAAGUUCUGCUCCAAUGUUCACGGGGUUAGAGGCUACCCCACGCUCAAGUUGUUUAGGCCCGACCAGGAGGCAGUGAAGUAUCAGGGGCCAAGAGAUCUGCAGUCUCUGGAGACCUGGAUGCUGAAGACGCUCCAGGAGGAUCCUUCAGAACCAGAGAGUGAAAUGGAGCCUCCUAAAGCUCCAGAGCCCAAACAGGGCUUGUAUGAGCUCACUGCUCUCAACUUUAAGGCCCACAUAGCCAAAGGUGCUCAUUUUGUUAAGUUCUUUGCCCCGUGGUGUGGCCACUGCAAAGCCAUGGCCCCAACCUGGGAGCAGCUGGCCACCAGCUUUGAGCACUCUGAUGAUGUCAAAAUAGGAAAGGUGGACUGCACACAGCACUAUGAGGUGUGUUCUGAGAACGGCGUGCGGGGAUAUCCCACACUUCUCUUCUUCUACAAUGGACAGAAGACAGAGCAGUACAAAGGAAAAAGAGAUCUGGACUCUUUCAAAGACUUUGUGGACAACCAGCUGAAGGCAGCUGUCACUGAGGAGGAGGAGCAUCCACAUGAGGAAGUUAAAUCAAACGAGAUCCCCACUGAUGAGCCAGCCAAAGAGGAGGUUAAGUCCAGCGUCUACGUCCUAACGGAGGACAACUUUGAUGAGACAGUAGCCAAAGGAUUCACCUUCAUCAAAUUCUACGCUCCAUGGUGCGGCCACUGUAAGAACCUCGCACCAACAUGGGAGGAUCUCGCCAGCAAGGAGUUUCCUGGUCUCACUGACGUCAAGAUAGCCAAAGUGGACUGCACUGUGGAACGCACACUCUGCAAUAAGUACUCUGUGCGAGGUUACCCCACCUUAAUCAUCUUCAGAGCAGGAGAGCAGGGCGACGAGCAUCACGGUGGGCGGGACCUGGAGAGCCUGCACAACUUUGUGAUGAGGCAGGCGAGGGACGAGCUGUAAAAACAGUCCAGUCAGCGCUCACUCUUCACCACUCUGCUCACUCACACUGCAUAUCUGGCCAGUAGGACACCACUCUCUGUCCUACAGUAGCCAAAA